CCUGCAGUCUGGCAGGAGAUUUAUGAAAGAAAGAAAAUCCUGAAACUGCGAGUCGUAUAAUCUGGGUAGCUCGCCAGCGGUUUCAUUUUUUUGAACUUAAUGGCUUCAGACACUUGUUUGCAUCUAUGGGAUUUAUUCGCCUUUUGGAUUUACCUUCUCUUAUAGCAAGACAAUAACAAACUUUCAAGAAUCGACCAAUAUCAAAAUAGAAAACUAAAAGGCUGCAUGCUUUAAACAUCAACAAACACUGGAAAUCGCAUCCCCACGAUCCAUUCCACGACAGAUGAAGAAGUGUUGUCUUCCAGCACCUUCGCAUGGUGCUGUGAGUUCGUGGCCGGAUACAGCCUGCGCAGCCAGGGCAUGCUGAAGAGCCGCUGUUGCGUCCUGCUCCGUGACCUGAGGGUGCUCCUUCUCGGGCCACCGACACCGCCGACACCACUGCCUCCGCUGACCCCCAUGAGCGUCCAGGGCACGGACAGCCACGAAACAGGCGUCACCGUCCCCGACAACAACAACACGUUAACGCGGAGCCAUCAGCACGCAGGGGACCAGAUUGCCCCGCCUGCAGCAGGAGCCACCGGGACAUCGGCUGGAGAGCGACCGUGCUGGGUCGACGCUGCGGAGCUCUCGGCGGCCCUGCGCGGCUGCAGCAGCUCCUCUGAUGACUGCUCAAAGGAGAAACUGGAGGAGAGGUUCUCUCUCACCAGCUACACGGAAAGUGGCUUCAGGACUCCCUUGUGCAGGAUCUGCUUCCAGGGACCAGAAUACGGAGAGCUCCUGAGCCCAUGUCGGUGCAGUGGGUCAGUACGCUGCACCCACCAUCCCUGCCUCAUCAAAUGGAUCAGUGAGAGAGGAUCCUGGGCCUGCGAGCUCUGCUACUACAAAUAUCAGGUCAUUGCCAUCAGCACCAAGAACCCACUUCAGUGGCAGGCCAUCUCCUUGACAGUGAUAGAGAAAGUGCAGAUAGCAGCAGCCAUCUUGGGCUCCCUGUUCCUGAUGGCCAGUAUCUCCUGGCUGGUGUGGUCGUCUUUCAGCCCGUCAGCCCGAUGGCAGAGACAAGAUCUGCUCUUCCAGAUCUGCUACGGCAUGUAUGGCUUCAUGGAUAUCGUCUGCAUCGCAUUAAUUAUCCACGAGUGGCCGUCUGUGUUUCGUAUAUUCCACCGCUGGCAGGCCGUGAACCAGCAGUGGAAGGUCCUGAACUAUAGUAAGUCCAUGGACAGUUAUGACCUGAAGAAGACCACUGUGGACAGGACUGUGUCACAGCCCAGCCCGGGUUAUCAGACUGGGGUAGGAGUGUCCACCUCCACCUCCUCACUGAUGGUGGUGGCCUCCACAGUCGAUGGCUCCACCUCUACAACCGUGGUGACGGCUGCAGUUGGACUGGAAACACAUGUGGACCCCAACAGCGGCAACACAGUGCCAGACCAACAUUGUCCCUACAACAUCCUCCACAUCCUCAGCCACCUCAGGCAGCCAGAGGUCCGUAGCCAACCCAGCAAUGGCACACGAGAGCUGGUCAUGAGAGUCACGACAGUCUGAGGACUCAGUUUGAGGCCUUAUGUCACAUGGAUGUGAACAAUUUAUGAAUCAGCUGACAGUUUAAAAAAAAGUCUUAUCUCAACUGCACUGGAUAAAACCAUGUUUUUGUUCAUUUAUAAAGAAAAAUUAAUCUCUGAUGUCCUUACAUGCAUUGAA